UAUUAAUAUAGGUGCAUUAGCAUAAACAUUACAUGUACCCCAUUUAUAUAUUUUCUGUGUCUGAUCUCUCCAUUUCUUUUUGAGACUUUUUGGAAUUUUGUUUCAAAGUAAAAAAGGACUUUCCUCUAAGGGUGCAUCACAGAUUCCGUUGUGUCUAAGUUUCAAAAAUUUCCUGUUAGUUGUGUUCAAUUAUCAUUCUACCGAUUGAAAAAUAUGGAUGUAAUGGGGGACUAUGGUAAAGGAAAAAUUAAAGGUCCUAUUAGUAUAACAUCAGCUUUAACUUCAGCAUUUCUUGAAUGGUUGCUCAUGAUUUUUCUGUUUAUUGACGGUGGUUUCGCCUACUUAGUCACGAAGUUUGCCCAGUAUUGCCAAUUGCAAGUUCCAUGUUUGCUUUGCUCGAGGCUUGAUCAUGUUCUUGGCAAAGAAAGAGCUGGAUUUUACUGGGAAUUAAUCUGCCCUAAUCAUAAGUAUAGGAUAUCUUCAUUAGUUCUAUGUCAUAAUCACAAUAACCUUGUUGAUGUUCAUGGGAUGUGUGAGAGUUGCCUAUUCUCGUUUGCCACAGUGAAUAAGUCGAAUGCUGAAACCUACCGAUUGCUGGUUGGAAAAUUGGGGGCAGAGCCUUACCUAACUGAUGAGGAUCCUUUACUCGAGGAGAAAACAAAGAGUUCGUCAGGAGUAAGAAAAUGUUAUUGUUGUGAAGAGGAAUUUGUUACCGGAGGAUAUGCUAAAAAAUUGUUCAAGAUUACAUCUUCGUGUGCUGACACAGUUGAACUUGAUGCACCUUUGUCUGUGACUAAUGGACAAGAAAGGGGUGACCCCAAGGAGAUUGAAAAUGAGGCAUCGACAUCAGUCUCAGUCUUUGUUCCUUCACCUCGUUUGGAGUACAAAAAGGUAAAGGUUGUCUCCGAUUCUGAAUCAGAAGCUGCACACUCGGAUAGUGAUAGUGCUAGUCCUCUAAUCCGUGCAAGGGACUAUUCUAUAGACGAUUUAUCUGAUAGAUGCUUGCAUCCAGAACCUCAAAUUUUUACCGUCACUGAUGACUUUGCUACCGAGAAACUAAUACAUUCGGCUUCAGUGCCUGAACCAUCACUUCUGGAUCAAGAGAUAGACUUAAUGACUAGAGAUUUUUCGUCUGUUACAACCUCGGAUGCAGUUGUUGGGCUUGGAUCAGAGGAAGUUAGCUGGCAGCAACCUGAACGGAAGACUGAUGCAUCUGUCCCAUCUGAUCUCAUAAGUUUUGAUGAAGUCAACCAGUUGUCCGAUGUCAAGGAAAAUAUUGUUGAUUUAGCAAGAGAGACCUCAGCAGGUGAGACGGUCGACCAAGUUGUCGAAGAUUGUGGGGAAGUUUCCAGGUCAAAAAGUGAUGAGAUCCCAAAGAGUGAAACAGAAUUGGAUUCUAAACCAGAGCCAACUGAGAGUACUUUAAAGACAGAUGAUGCUUUUGAUCUAGGUGAUGCUUAUAAGCUGGCCGUUGGAAACGAUUGCGGGGAAGUUUCCAGGUCAAAAAGUGAUGAGAUCCCAAAGAGUGAAACAGAAUUGGAUUCUAAACCAGAGCCAAAUGAGAGUAGUUCACAGGCAGAUGAUGCUUUUGAUCUAGGUGAUGCUUAUAAGCUGGCCGUUGGAAACAAAGGGAGGCAAUUAUCCGAAAAGUUUUUGGAGCAGAGGUCAUUCAAGGAUUCUACACGAAUGAGUGAAGAUCUAAAGGUCCUACUUACGCAACUCUCUGCUGCUCGUGGUACCGAUUCUAUAUUGAGUGAGAUGAGCCCGAGGAUGUCUGUGAAUGGUGAGGAAUUUAGAACUCUUGAAGCUUCUAGCUCUAUUGGAAUGCAGAUACUUCAUCAAAGGAUCUCGCUUGAGAGAAAUGAAUCUGGUUUAUCUCUGGAGGGAAGCACAGUGAGUGAAAUUGAAGGUGAGAGUGUGUCUGAUCGUUUGAAACGGCAGGUGGAGUAUGAUAGAAAAUUAAUGGCUGCUCUCUAUAGAGAGUUGGAGGAAGAGAGAAAUGCAUCCUCAGUUGCUGCAAAUCAGGCGAUGGCAAUGAUUACAAGAUUGCAAGAGGAGAAGGCAGCACUACACAUGGAAGCUUUGCAGUGCCUAAGAAUGAUGGAAGAACAAGCUGAAUAUGACAGUGAAGCACUGCAGAAUGCAAAUGAUCUUCUCGCGCAAAAGGAGAAAGAGAUCCAAGAUUUUGAAACUAAACUUGAACUUUACAAGAAGAAACUUGGGAAUAUGGCUCUCUUUGAGGAUGCACUCGAGGCAAGUUAUGAUUCAAAUAAAGCUAAGCAAGCUGAUACAAUGUGCAGUGAUGACAGUUCAGCUGUUCAUGGCGACGUAAUUGCUCAUAAUCCCACCAGCAGCAGUAGAAGUGGUGAGGUCUUGACACCAUUGGGAGUGGAUAACAUAGAUAACGGGAGCCCCUUGCUUGAUUUGGAGAGUGAAAGGGAGCAACUUGUGCUUUGUUUGAACAAAUUAGAAGAAAGACUCCAUUUGCUCUCUAAGCAUGAGGCUUGUCAAGACUUUGCUAAUGGUAACUGCGAGUUUUCAACAGAAGAAUGGGUUGAAGUAGGUAAUCCGGAAGAAUUGGACCAUAGGGAGUCUUCUAGAAGUAAUGGUAAAAUAGAGGAAAAUGUUCCCCCAGAGUCAAUCACAGACAGAAGCCCUUCUGGUGAAGAAGUAUCUAUUAGCAAGUUUCCAGAAUCACUACAGAAAGGAAGGGAUGGGAGCAAAUCUGGGCAGUGUACUAAUGGAGAUUCUGAGUUAGUGAGUCUGAAAAAUGAGUUAUCAGUUUUGAGCAGCAGACUGGAAGCACUUGGUAUAGAACAUAGCUUUCUUGAUCAGUCCAUAAAUUCAUUGAGGAAUGGAAAGGAUGGACAUCGACUGAUUGAGGAGAUAGCUGGUCACCUGCGACAGUUGCAUUUUGUUUUCGAAAGAUCGAGUGGUGAACUUGCGCAUUAAUAAAGAUUAAAUUAAAGCUGACUCUUUCUCCUAGAGCAUGAAGUGUACAGUUUUUGGGUGAACACAAACAUGGUUUCUCCCAUUGGUAGAAGUCUACAAACAGCAUUUUAGCUUUGUGUGAUAUGGUUUUUUCAGUGAUUUUUUUGCUUAUUCAUCCUUUUCGAUUCAUUAUUACAUUUGUUUGAGUAAAGAUUGUUUGUAAAGUUGAAACUCAAUAUCCCUAUAAUUUGAUGUAAAGUUUUGCUAGAGUGGCUUGAAUCAUGAUAUUAAUUUGGUGGAUUAAUGAAUUUGUUGUGAUAAAA